CCUGUCUCUACCAGAGGCGCUCUCAUGGACAUCAACGCGGUGACUGACCCCGCGGUGUUCACGCGGCAGUUCAAGGGCAUCGGCAUCGGUGUGGCCCGGAAGAUCAUUGACUCGGGGCCAUACACGUCGAUGGACCAACUGCGGCGUGUGAGAGGCCUUGGUCAGUCGAAGAUUGAGUCGCUUAAGAACGUCUUUGUGGCUGGCCCAGCUACCGCUGACGCUGGCACUGCUGCUGUUGCAGCACCUCCUUCCAAGAGCUCAACUGGACGGACGCCAAAGGCUGCUACCACCAAGAAACGGAAGAAGACCAAGGCGUCCAAGUCGUCCAAGGCAACCGGCGAAGGAGGCACAAGCUCGGCGUCCAAGGCCAAGGCAGCAGCGGCAAAAGCUGGGCGUGGCCGUGGAGGCCGCGGACGCCCCAAGGGCUCGGUGGUGACCCGGGUCGGACCGGGUGCCGGGACGGCCGCAACGAGCAAGGCGGCGAGCAAGGCUGCGGCCGCGCGGAGCAAGGCUGCUAGCGGAGGGAGCGGCAAGGCGGCAAAUGGAGGGAACGGCAAAGAGGCCGGUGGCGAUUCGCCCGGCUCGGGCGGCACGGCUCAGACGCCGGCCGAGGCUGCGCUGGCGAGCUCAGCGCGCGGGGUGGCGCGGGGGGCCGGCACACACUCGGCCAUUGGCUCGCCUUCGAUGGCCGGCCAACGUCCGGGCCUCACGGCGCCGCUCGGGUCGCUGCACCACGACCUGGCGGGCACCGGUGCACAGUCGCAUUCUGCGCCAUCAACACCGACGUCGGAACUGCUUAAGGAGUUUACCACUCGCCAGUUCCGGCUCCAUCAGACGCUCAACCAUCUCAACCAAUCGCCGCUGCCGUCGCCGGCAACGCACAACAUGCUCACUUCGCCGUCGGGAGGCUACGCCCAGGACUUGACCAAGAAGCGCAAGCGCGGCGGCUCGGGCUCGCCCAUCGAGACCGGCUCGGCCGUCUCGCUCUCGCCGCUCAUGUUUGACGGCGACGCGUCGAUGCUGAGCUCGCUCGACCCGACCGGUGUCCCAUCGCCGCACAUUCACCCGGCCCUGCACUCGGUCAUCCCUUCGCCGUCGGCCGGGCCCGUCACCUCGCGCGGCUCGCCGUCGUCGUCGACUCCGCUCGGCCUCGUCCUCCCGCCACCGGCAAACCUUGCCGCGCCCGAGGCCAAGCCCUACUUUACCGAUCCGGUCGACGACUGGCACUCUGAGCCGCUCCUGCCACGCUCGGCCUCGAACCCGUCGUCGUCGUCGCCGCAACCACUCGGCUCGUCCGCGGUCUCGUCGGCGGCCUCGGGUAGCCACGCUUCCGUCCUCUCGCCGUCACUUAUUCUCGGCUCGUCCUCUGCCGUUCCCACCAUCACCGCAUCCUCGAUCGAUGCCUUUGCCUCGUACGACCUGCUCAAGUCGCAGCCGUCUGAAGCCAUCUUUCUGCCCGACCCACUCGCCGUCUACGACGACGACCCCACCUUUGCCCCGCUCGCCAAGCGCGCCAAGCUCUGACGCUAACGCCAUUGGCCACACCAACCGGCUCACCAACAGACCGCGGCCUCGCCGUCCCGUUGGCAAAUCGUCGCCGCGAGCCUUACGCUCUGCUUGCUGCAGGCUCGCGCUGUGCCGCGCCCCUCCCCGCCGCCUACCAACUCUGUACCACCAACUCUCCGCCUACCGUCCAUCGCCGCUACCACUCUCACCGCCAUCGACGCCGCUCCCCGAGUCGCCAAGCCGAGACCCCCCCCUCCCCCCCCCCC